AUGGUUGCCUUGCGGAAAGAAAUCUUAAUUGUCUUUAUAAUCUAUACUAUCGUCAUCGUUCAUGGAAACCGAGCACGUCGUCAUCGGCGACAAACUUUAAAUGGACCAGUUAAUCAAAAUUCAUUAUCGCCCAAUCGUCAAAUUCUUAAUGAUCAACAACAACGAUCUUCACCACGAGAAAAAGAUCCAAAUGAAAUUGCAUCUAGAAAACAAGAUCGUCGUCAAUAUGGUUAUGGACUUGGUGGUUCUAAUUAUCCCUAUGGUGGCGGAGGUUUUGGUUCUUAUGGAUAUGGGCAAUAUGGACAAGGAUUAGGACAAUCGGGUUCCUAUUACAAUCGAUAUCCAGGUUCAUAUGGUGGCUAUUCAGGCUAUAAUCGCCCUGAUUAUUAUUCAUCAAAUUAUUAUCCAUCGAUGGGAUCAAAUUAUUACGGUGGGUAUUUUUGGAAUCAUGGACAAAAGCAAUAUUACAAUAAAUUCCUUGGUUUUACAUCUUUGCUUUUAUGUUCACUGGUUUUUUUCAGCAUGUAG